AUGAUUUCUGCUCUGCUGAAGGACGCCAAAGCUGCUCUCGUCGGUGAUGACACGGCCCGGCACCUUCCUGCAGGGGGCUUCACCGAUGUUGGUCUUCACACCGGCGGUAGUCCAAGGGACACAGCAUGGGCGCUCGCUCGCGAGGUUUUCAAGGUUGGUUUGAUGCGCCGGGUGGGCGGUCACGCUUCCGACUCUGCGCGGGAUGUCGACCAGCAAAAGCUUGAGGUGCUGUUUGCGUUGGUGAUGGCCGACCUCCACUUGUCGGUGCUCGAAAGUCACCUCCGUACAUUGUCGGGGGCGGCGGCGGACGUGAAUGAGGGCAUGGAGAUGUUGGGUUUCUGCUCUCAGUUGGGGAGAGUGCUCAUUGAAGACGGGCAUACCAUACCAGGGUUCGUGAAACGGAUCGAGAAAGCCCGUGAGAGGCUGGAUGGUGUGCAAGCAGACCAGGCGGACGCGGUCGCCGCGCGCUUUCAGCUGCACCCCGUGAACGGGUCACCAACCACUUUCGAAGGCGGCGAACCGAGGCUUCCGAUCAUCUGUCUUCCCUCCCCGUUGCGGCACCCUUCCACGGGCACGGGAGGUUUAGCCGGGGCAAAACAUCGCUCAUCCCAGAACCUCAAGAGCCUCCCUAAAUUAGAGGAGGAGUGGUUGACGACGCUGACUCCCGAGAGCUUGGAAGCCGUCUUAACCUGGGCCGAGCACGAGCGUAUGGUAAGAGGAGACUUACCAACGAUUUUGGUGCUGUCAGAGGUGGAGAGAUUACUGUACGAGACUGCUGCGCAGGAGGAGGUUGGAGCCGCCGCAAAGACCUUCGAACCCCAAGAUUUAAGCAAGCUCGACCGGCUGGUUGACAUUUACAGGUCGGCACUCGACACCUUCGUAGGUGCUCACGCUGAUGAUUGUGGACGAAUGCUGGUUGAGCUACGGAGCCGCGAGACGUUGGUCGUGUGGAUCGCGUACGUGGUGAGCUUCGCGGUCGCUCGCGCUCGGUGGUCUAGGCCGAUGGAGGGAUUCGGAGUCAGCCUGUGCCCAGGUGAUCUGAAGCAUCUCGUGCUUUCCGACAAGCUGGCAGUCGAAGCCGGGCUUAAGGUCGCCGACUAUCUGCGUGAUCACACUCGCGCCAGGGGGGCGGUCUUUACCCUCGCCGACAACGGCUGUGCGACGUUCGCGCUAGCUGCCAAGGUGGGCAGCACGUUUCUGCGGCAUUGGAAGGAUGAGGUUGCGGCCGCCAAUCAGCGGCGUGACAAGCACUGGGCCGAGGAGGCCAAGCGUUCCUGCGAGGCGACGGAGAGUGCCAUUGCGGCAGAGGAAAAGAAGCUACAAGAGACGGCGGAAGUGGAACCGGUGCUGCAGCCUCUACCGGAAGAUCAGACGGCUGCCUUCCGGGUGCUUUUUUUCACCCAUAUGCCCUCCGUAUUUAGGUCACUCUCGCGCCUGAGCUUCCAGGCCCAACAGAUGCUUCUUCCGCGAGAGUGGAACACUUCUCUUUCGGAGGCUGUGAAGCAACAGCCAUGCUCGGAUUCCUGGUCAGCGUACUACAACACCCACCAAUCGUCGGUGUACCACACCCGCGAAGAAAGGGUACAGGACGGGGACGUCAAGCUAGGCUAUAUCGGUGAGGUCGGCAAGCCGGAGAAAAUGGUAGACAGGUGUCUGAAGCCCUCGGAUGGGGUUUGGCAUCCCGACGCCCUCUCCCCCGGCCGAAUGCUGUGGCAUGGGGGUUCUUUCCCAGGCGACAAGCGCUUCUUCUGCUUCAACCCAUUCUCGUCGAAGGUUGAUCAGGAAUGGAUUUCGGAGGGAUACACCGAGCAGCUGUCGGAGCCAGACGGUGAAAGCCUGCAAUGGGCCUUGCCGCAACAUGGGGUUGGUCAAACAAGCCGCGAGCGUGGGAAUAUUGCGCUCGCGACCCAGGGGGAUGCGCCGGAAUGGCUCAACAAACGACAAUACCUGGCGUUUGGCGGGGUGAGGGCAUACCCUUUGACCCAGUGCCGCCAGCUGAUGUUGGUUCUCCGGGACCGCACGCUGCCUCUUGACCAUCCUGCAGUACGGACUUUGGUGUCUCAAGCCCUGUUUCACGUUGGCGACCUGUCCACCAGUGUACCGUCGACAUUGUUGUGGCGGCAUGAUCAGGCGGAUGCGUUUGCAGCGCUGUUCGACGAGCUAAAGAUCGAGCACACACCCCGGGAGUAUCGGGCGAUGCAAUUGCUCGUUGACAUGGCCGUCUAUGUCGGCGACUGGCAUGAUGGGUCCAAAUCGCUGGUCCGCUCGCUCUUGAUCCACAUCUCCCGGAAAUGGGCGAUCGACCUCGACCAUCAGCUACAGGACGCUGCAUCGAAGCACCCCCACGAGAGCAGCAUCACGUCCAUGAAGGCAAAGCAAUGCAUGUGCUACAUGUACGGCGUGCUAUGCUUUGGCGGGAGCGCUCGGCUUUCCGCAAGCGACGUGGCCAAUCUGUGCGAGCUGUACAUCCUAGCACACAACCGCCGCGUGUUCACGGACGACAGGGCGCCGGACAAGGAAAGCUCGUCGCUGUGGAUUCGGUGUCUUGACGUGGUGGCUAGGCGGGUUUAUGAGAUCGUGCUACAGGCUCGCACCGACCCAGCCUUCAUCACGGCCGCCAUCCGACCCAUUCUUGAUGAAACUCCGGAGCAGCUGCCAUGGACUCUGGUGAACGGGACGAUGGCCUGUUUCGAGGCGCUGUUUGACGGCCACCUCUUUAGCGUCAACCUGCUGAACGGUGUGGUGCUGUACGACGGUGCUCCUCCGGGCUUGCUGCCACAACACAUCGUGGAAGAUGGCUACUAUGGGCGGCUGUUCGGCGCGGCUAACUUUGAGGUCACCAUGGCUUCAAACGGAGUAUUCAGAACCACACGAGCGAUCAGCGGUCGCUUCUACGAGUUCUCACGUGCGAGUCGUGAGGUGGUCAUCGAGGAAAUCGACGAAUGCCGGGGAGAACGCCUGCAGCUCCUCCGGCAUGAUGGGGUUUGGGGGAAGGAGAUCCCUGUGCGGCUUCGAAGUAUGCAUAGCCAAUGGCUUUGUCGGGAGCAACAGGCUGUGGUGUUUCGCCCAAAGAUCUUCAGGGAGCGCGGCGUGGCCUUCAUCAUGCGGUGCAGCGACUCUGGCGGUCCUGCGUCGUGUUACCGUGUGCCACCUCAUCUUAGUGCCCGUGGGUGUAGGGAGCUGUUCAAGGGAGUGGAAGACAAUGAGGGGCGGCUGGUCCUCUUACCGAAGGGCAACAAGCUGAUGUCAGUGCUGGCCAUGUUCGAGCCUCGAGAGACUGGUCCCAAUGCGUUGAUCCACGCGUAUCUUCAGCCGAGCGGAGGAUUGACGAUCGAGCUACCGCGAUUCGAACUCGAGUUCGAGGUCGACCCUCCUUCAGUCCGGCAGCAAGGAGAACAUGGGGGGAGCGGAAUCCGCUGCCUAAGCCACCGCGGUUAUGAGCUGGCUCGUACCCAACAGUUUCACGACACUCUCCCAGGUCUCACCCGCUACCUUGUUCUAACCGGCCAGGAUGGAGAGACGAGAGUGCUCGUACCACGUGGGACGCUAAGUGUGACAGAGAUUGCCCCCUCACGCGUGCAAGUCGAGUGCCCAGAGGAAGAUUGCGAGGCCGCCGAGCAGAAGGUCCUAAGCUACAGCAUGCACCGGCGAUGGAAGCAACCGGACGCUUGUGACCUACCAGCCCGCCUCCAGCUGGCAGCAAUGUUCGCCGCGACAGGGACGUCGCUGCCUGACACCCGCGCUGGCAUGACCGGUGCCGAGAAGGCCUCGGAGCUCGUCCGCCAAUGCUUUGUCAACCACCCUCUACCGGAUGGCGACCGAGACCAACUGCUCAGGGUGUUGGAGUUGUCCGGAGAGAACCCGGCGUUGGCUCUUCUUUGUGGCGAUCUACUCGAGAGCACCGCAGGUCUACAUUUCCUGCACAGCGUAACACAUUCGUUGACAUUGCCUCGGGAAGCUUCUACCACUUUAGAGCACGCAGAGAUUGCAUACGAGUGGGAAUCUAGGCACCUUCCGUGGAACCGCCGCCGGCGGCUGGCAGUCGCAGAAGAGGUACGGAUGUUGGGUGGACGAGUCCCGAUGAAGACGCAGAAGCGCUCGAUCGAGCACCGUUGUGUCAACAUCCCGCGUUGCCCGGUCAGCGCUCAGGAAGUGCAGGCGGCGGAGGCCGAUGUGUGGGAAAUGAAGGACUGCGGGGUGGAGGACGAGCCCUUGGCGGCUUCUCGUGGCGGCUCGAACCAGGCCGUGAGCUCCUACCCCCUCAACGUGCCUCAUGACGCGGACACGUUGACGAAGGAGAUGUAUAAAGAGCUUCGCAAGAGCUGGGACGCCAACCGUCUGGUCCCUCCCCGCCCUCCGCCUCCAUCGCCGGCGACGCUAGAACGCCUCCACCAGGCGCUUCGCGUUCAACAGAUCAAGGUGUCUUCGAUGGAGCAGCUUGUCUCGAGCUUCGUAUUGCGUGCUCUCAACACCUUCGGAACCGACGGACAUGCGGUUGCGCGGCACAUGGAGGGCUUUGCCGGGCUUCUUCCGACGGCUAGCGUUGCCGACCUGCCUCCAAUCGUGUGGGAGAACGAACUCAUUUGGCAGUUCAACCCGUUCUUGAUGAAGUCGGCGUCUUCGGACUUGAUCGAUGCCGUGGUAGCAUGGCUCCGACUGUGUGUGCUUCAAGACAAGCUGGGGCGACUGGUGACGUGGUCGAGCACCUCGGAAUCCCACGCGCUCAUGCAGCAGGAGCUUCUGGUAAAGCGAACUUGGGAUCCUGCGGAACACCCGAUCUGGCUGGCCUUCGAAGCCGAUUCCGGGCUGCAGGUCCGGCCAGCCCAGGCCGAGGUAGCCCUUCACAUGAUCGCUAACCCUGGCGACAUCGUGCAGUUGAACAUGGGCGAAGGAAAGACACGGGUGAUCCUUCCCCUCUUGCUGCUGCACUGGGCAACGCCGUCCGACAACGCGGCGGUGGUUCGCUUGCACUUUUUGAGCGCGCUGAUCGCUGAAGCUUACGAGUUUUUGCACCAUGCGCUCACGGGGAGCCUGCUCGGGCGUCGGUUGUUCCUGAUGCCGUUCAACCGCGACGUCCAGCUUACGCUGGAGGGUGCCCAUGCUAUGCGCGGCACCCUCGACCGCUGCCGUCGCGAGGGCGGGGCUGUUCUGGUGACACCCGAGCACAGGCAGUCGCUGUACUUGAAGGGACUCGAGCUUCGACACGUGAAACCGGAGGUGAGCGCCGAGAUAAGGAGGGUGGAGGCCAUGUCGUUCAGGGACGUUUUCGACGAGAGUGACGAGCUUCUGCACCACCGUAAGCAGCUGAUCUACGCUGUCGGCGACCUCCAGAAGCUUCCGGGCCACGCGGAACGGGCUCACGCUGCGCAGGCGCUACUGAGGGUUUUGAAGCACCGACAAAGGUACCCAAAGCUUCAGGCUUUGCUGUCCGAUCGCGAUGUUGCGGUGGAAGAGAUGAGCUGUCGGCCGGAGCAGUUCGACCAGCUACGCCUUGUACCUGGCCAGGCCUUGGACGUUGUCGAGCCGAUGCUGCGCCGGGAGCUCUUUAACGCGGUCUUGAGCGACCCACCGUACGAGAUGAGGUGGCUCACCGCCAUCGACAGGGCCUUGCGCGCGCAGGUGGUAACCCUGGUACUCGAUGAAGAGACGAGCGCGGAACAAGCCUUGGAGAAAGGUUUGCUCUCCGAAGAGUCCCACUGGGAGCAGCUAAUGGCCCUGCGAGGGCUUCUCGCGCAGGGAACGCUACUCCAUUGCUUGCAGAUGCGGCCGCGAGUGAACUACGGAGUGUCUCGCGUGGUUGGGGCGAAGAAGAGGCUGGCCGUUCCGUUUCGCGCUAGCAACACGCCGGCCGACCGUAGUGAGUUCAAGGAACCAACGCUGGCAAUCACGUUGACGGUGCUGUCCUACUACUACGAUGGUCUUUCGGAGACCGAGCUCCGCCAGGCGCUGACAACGUUGGUGGACGGGCAGGUGGCGGAAAGCGCGCAGGUCGACUACUACAAGGCCUGGCUAGCUGAAACGAGACCCAGCGAUGAGGUCCUGGCGAAGAUGGACGACGUCCACAAGGUCGAUCUCACCAAUGAGCCUCAGAUGGAGCUGUUGUACGAACACUUCCGGUGUAACUUCGAGGUGGUCAACUUCUGGCUGAACUUCAAUGUUCUUCCUAGCGAGACGAAGCUCUGCCCGGCUUACAUCGGCACUAACUCCUGGUUCCUCGCCGACAACCCAGACGGCGCGAUAUCAGGGUUCUCGGGCACCAACGACAACCACAGGCUUCUGCCGCUGCAGGUUCGCAAGAACCCCGACGGUUCACUGCCGACCCUUGCCGGCACCAAUGGGAAAAUGCUUGACCUCAUGCUUCUGAACAGGCGCUACAUCACACUCAAGGGGUCGAGUGAACCGAGGGGCGGUGGGGGUGGUGAGGCAUGGAGGAGGCUUCUUCGCCUCGCGGUGGAAGAAGAAGCCCACGUGCUUGUGGACUGCGGCGCCCUCCUGGGGAGGGUUUCGAGCGAGGACGCGGCCAGAUUUCUGUUGUCUUCGGAAGGGAGCCUCCCCGAAACGUUUCCCGGGGUUGUGUUUUUCGACGCGAGCCGGGGCACCGCCGCCGUUGGUGGGGAGUGGAUGGUGCUCGACCGGGUAGGGCGCUCUGUGGCACUCAGCGGAUCCCCCAUUCGAGCCUCCGAGGCGUUCGCGAUCUACGAUGAGGCCCGGUGCCGGGGAGCCGAUCUGAAGCUAUCUCCCGAUGCCACGGCCCUCCUGACGAUCGGGCCCAAGAAUGGCAAGGACAAGGUCAUGCAGGCCGCCGGCCGACUCCGGCUUUUGGGACGAAGCGAUCAGUCCAUCGUGUUCGUCGGCACCCCGGAUGUUUCCACCAAGAUCGAGGAAGUCACGGGGAUCUCGGGCCCCGACUUAAUCUCUUCGCAGGAUGUGCUGGCGUACGUCAUGGCCAACACUGUCCUCGCAACGAAAUCUGGUUUACUGCCGUGGGCCAACCAAGGCCUGCACUUCUCAGAAACGUUCGGGAGGGCCGACCGCGCCGAGCAGCUAGAGGUGAUGACCCUCGACGCCGCCUACGGAGGGGCAUACAGGCGGAUCUCAGUCCACAGCGCGGUAUCCGCGGCCGUGGGCAAACACAACGCCCGUUUCCGAGGCGAUGUGCACAUGCCCGAGCUGGCGAAGGAGAUUGGGUCGAGGACCGAGCGGUAUGGCAAGACCGUGUUGGUUUCCAGAGAUGAGGCGAUCGGAGGCGAGUGCGAACGGGAGAUGGAGCUCGAGCAAGAGGAGGAGGAAGAAGUGGAGCGGCAGAUAGCAAGGGUGGAACCCCGCAAGGAAGUGGAUUGGGACUACGCUGCAGCCCUGUCAGCGCGCCGGCCGCCGACCCCGAUUGUCGAGAUGGCAAAGGCAGUGCCUUUGGCCCGAGCUUGGAACCGGCUAGCCAAGGAAGCCCAGAUCUCAUCCGUGGACUCGUCGGCGGAAACGGUGUUCUGCACGCGGAACUUCUUGUUCGGGACUGCGAACUUCGCGACAAUGUCGUCGAUUGACGACUACUUGCGCCCGGUGGAUUCGGCGCUAGUUUUCACGAACGGAGACAUGAUGGUGCUUUCGGAGCGUGAGACUAACGGGGUGCUGCUGGCGCUUGCGACGUCUCGCGGGCAAGGUGACACCGCCAGGCCGACGGCGAAUCUAGUGCACCUCUCGUACGCCGGAGUCGAGAAAGGAGAGCCCCGCAUCAAGACCAACCCCCUCAUGCGUGAUGCCGUUCUCCUUACGCGAACGGGGCACGAGGCGCUGAGCUGCGCGGCGCUGGCGAGGAUUUGGGUGUUCGGUGGAAUCACGACCGUCCCGGUUGAAGGCCGGGAGGCUGUGAGGGGGCUGGUCAAGGGGAAACGGCUUGCGGUGACGCACAUUGUGGCUGCUCGUGACCACAUGCACAUGCUACCCCGGUCCGAUCUCGAGCGUCUCCUGGCGUAA